GUUCGAAUGUAGUGGGGAAGCAUGGUGAGCGCUCUAUGGACGCGGGUCCUAUGUGAGCUGCUACUUAUGGUCUCCUUUGUGCGCGCUGAGAGCGCAGGCGCAGCACAGUGCCAGGCCCUGAAAGCCUAUGACUGCAGCGCUCCUGACCCCGAGGGGUGGUCACUGCAGCAGAAGAACUGGUGCUGUCGCCAUGGUGGAAAGGGAUGCCCGCCCCCAAGGUCUCCGCAUGCGGCGAAGUCGGCCGAGCAUCCUCGGGACUAUGACUGUGAUGCCGACUUUUCUCAGUGGGCUCGAAGUUGGUCGAGCUCCAAGAAGGAGUGGUGCUGCGACAGGAAGCAGAAGGGGUUGCACCGAACAGCUUUGCACUGGCGGUGAACACUUGUGGACUGAAGCCAAACGAUCUGAGUGCUGCAACACCUUCAAGAAGGGAUGCCCUCUCUCCAGCCAGAAUCGCUCGCAGAACAUGAGCUCCAGCGCAGUCCAGGAGGUGGAGUACAACUGUGAGGAGCACUUGGUGCAGGGCUGGCCUCGAGCCCAGCAGGCUUGGUGCUGCAGCCAAGCAGGCUUGGGCUGCAAGAAUCAGACUGCAGGUCAAAACUCGUUGCGCUGCACUGGCGAUGAACACCUGUGGUCUUAUGCGAAACGAUCUGAGUGCUGCACCAACUUCCAGAAAGGAUGCAGUUCGUUGAGGUGCCAAGCUUCUUGCGCCUACGCAGGGCAAACUUCGAAGUGCAUUGACCGCAUCAAGUGGGCGAAAGUCCAUAUGUUUGGCGACGACAAGGACGCGUGCAUCUUGGCCUACAGCACGGUGCGGGAGCAAUGCGACAGCUGCGGGGCAUGCGGCCUCCAGGAAGCCGGGUGUGAAGUCCCCUCCUUUGAUUGCGAUGCUGCAUUAAGCGACUUUUCCCGUGAGUGGUCACUAGCGAAGCAAGAUUGGUGCUGCAGAAAACAAGGCAAAGGCUGCAACGGUUCAAGUCCACCGAGUGGGAACUCUUCCAUCGGAAAGCAGGUCCAGGUGGCCGGCUCCUCUACAUCGCGGAGGCUCCAGAACAUGGAGUAUAAUUGUGAGGCCGGCAAAUCCGAGUGCCUCUACGGCUGGUCUGCGCAGAAGCAGGACUACUGCCAGAACGUGAGCAUGGGCUGCAAUGAGGAUUGCUUCGACCAUGUCGAGAAGUGGUUUUCAACAUGGAGUGUCAAGAAGAUCCGUUCGUGUUGCCAACAUCGCGCCUCCUAUUUUUGCUUGGACCAGACUGCCUUGCAGAGGUGCAAGAUCGCGUCCCAAGGGCAGCUGGCCGCCACGAAUGCGACGAGUCACCUGCAAGUGAAGUGCGGGGGCUUUCAGAACGGCACGCUGUUGCAUGAAGCCGUGAGAGCUGGAUCGGUGGAGGACGUGAAGUUCCUAUUGAGUCAGGAGCUUCCCGUGGAUGAAAAGGACAACUUUGGCAGAUCUCCUCUGUCCUAUGCAGCUGCUGCGACCUCUCCAUGGUCCAUGAAGAUAGCAGAGCUGCUCCUGGAUGCUGGUGCCAAGGUGGACGGGGAGGACAAGGCAGGCUCAACCCCCUUGCAUCGUGCAGCCAUGAAGGGCGAUGUGGCAAUGGGGGAGCUCUUGCUGGAGCGCUAUGCGGACGUGGAUGUGAAGGACAAGCAGGGCAGCACGCCCUUGUUCAGUGCGGCCGUUCAGGGUCGCUUGAAGAUGGCACAGCUCUUGGUGCGUUGCGGCGCCGACGUCUUCGAGACCAUGUCGGAUGGCACCACCUGUGUGGAUGCCACCGUGGUGAGGGACGUCCAGACGAGAGAGUUCUUGGAUCGGCAGAGGACGUUCUGGGCAUUGCUGGAGAAGCCGUGGGUCCUGGAGGGAUUUCCUUUCGCCUUCAUCUUGGGCAUGAUUUUGGCGCUGUUUCAGGCAUCUCCAUCGCGUGAUGCUGGCGGACACGGCUUUGCCUUUUACCAUGGGGCAUGGCUUUGCCUUUACAGGCACCGCAUCGGACAUCCUUGGUUCUGUGUGCUGCGGGUGAUCGAUGUCCUCAGCAUCUUGGUCUUGGUCUUUGGGUGCGGCAUGUGGGUGGUGCAGCCGUACUUUUGGAUUUCUUUGCAUUUCAUCCUCUAUUUCCUCCCUGCUUGGUACUGGCAGACGCGAAGCCUUAAGCAAGGCUCAUUCUCCUGCGGAGGCUUGCGAAAAGCCCUGGCAGCACCUGGGUUGAUGUUGGCGCCGCCGGCUCCUUGCGAUCUGGACGAAGUAAAACUAGAAAUCCCUGUGGUUGAAGAAGGCGUUGGCCCGAGACUGUCCUUAGCGCGAUUCUUCUUCUUGGUGACCAUCAUCGUGAUGCUGGCAAGACCUCGACACUGUGAGGAUGAAGUCUUUGAGACGGUGAUUGCUCAGAGUGUAUGUAAAAGCACCACUUGGGUGCCCAGCGUCGUGCUGGAGUUCGGACUAAAGUAUGGGCUGCAAAAUCCACAUUGGGAGGCGCUGCUGCAAAAGCCUUACCGCCUUUGGUCCAGGACCUCGCUGAAAGCAACUCUGUCAUGGGAAGCUUCGGAGAAGACCAAUGUCGACCUCGAACUGCAAUGCAAUCCCAUCACUAUUUUUUUAAUAUGCCUGCUGCUCUUGGCAGGCCUUUUGUAUGUCCUACGCCUUUUGGGCAAGUGCUUCUUGAGCUUGCCCUGUGCUACAGCUGCUCAAGGCUCCUACUCUUACCGCACACUUUUUGUUCAGUGUGAAGGUGAGAACAGGGAAGAUGCCCAGGAGGCCAACGAGGAGGAUGCCAAUGAGGAGGGCAAAGCACUCUUGAAAGACCUAAUAUCUGUCGACUAUCAAACAAAAGGAGAACCAGAAGAGGAGAUCGCCCUGCCUCCCAAUGUCCUUCUUGAGAAGGGCUGGGCUUGCGACGGGGGCCUGUUUCGCUUCUUGUCGGGCUUGUACGUGAGAGUCUCGUUGCUGGUCCUGGAUCUGGUCUUGGACUGUUGGAACAUCCACACCAUGGUCUUCAGUGGCAACUACAAGUUCGCUUGCUUCAUGGUCUUUGUCCUGUCCAAGUCACUUGGUCAACAGGUCUUUUCCGAGAGCCUCUUGAACCUGCGAGAUGCCCUGAGCAAGAGCGUGAAGAAAGGAUAUAUGCGAAGAGAUUUGAUGGAGAUCUUCGCCGAAGAACAGGGCUUUGAAGCAUGUGCAUCCUUGGCACUCACAACGUAUGCCUAUUGGUACACAGUCUCAGAUGCUUCCACGGCUCUUCGACAAAUAGUCAGCAUCGCGGUGAGUGUGUAUAACCUGGCUCAGUUUCUGUACCAACGGAUUGAUUUGGGGAUUGAUCUCGAGUAUCAACCGGAAGAACCCCUCACACCGUCGCGCCAGCGCGCCAACACGUCCUUCCACGGUGCAUGAGCCGGGAGUGUCUGGAGCAUCCUUGAGUGCAGAGAGAGGAGCGUGUAGCUUUUCAGAAUGUUUAGGUAGCUUUAGGUGGGUGAGGGUCACAGUCCGGGGUCCCUUGAACAAGGCAUCGGCAUCGUCAAGCUUUGCGUUUCAGUGGAGG